UGAGUUCUGUGUUUUAUGUGCCAUACACGCGUGUGGAUUGAGAGCUGCAGACAGGAAAUCCAUAAGACGGACGGUCGAGAGAACAUCAAGGCAGAAGCUCUCGUUAGCCAAUCAGAGAGAAUUGAGAACCACAGAGAAGCCUCAAGCCCUGACAUGGUUUUAGUACUAGAUCCUUUGGUCAGAGAGAAAGUCUCUUGUCCUCUGACUCAGCGGAUCCAAUGCGAUCAUGGCUCGCCCUCCUCAGAAGUCAUUCCUUCAUACCGAGAGCGGUCAGACUCCGGAGAAUCGAAUGACAGCAGCUCCCAUCAGAGAAAGAGGCUGAACUCCAGCGCCUCAGACCGUAGCCACGAAUCCCUGUCUACUGCUGAACCUCAUCUGACGGACCAGAGCUCACCGUCAGGUCCGGCUGCAGAGCAAGUGAGGGCAGCUGUGAGUUCAGAGGCUCUGCAGACGGAUCGAGACCUGAAGACACUUGACAAUGGCCUGGAGACGACUCUCUUUCAGAGCACAGCAGCUUCACAAGCAUGCACACUGAAUGAGACGAGUAAAAGAGCUGAAGACGUCUCAGGACAGAAGAUCACAUCAGGUAGAGACGCUCUCCUGACUUCUCUCACUAAUGGCAAGGAUACAGAUUUUAAAAACAAAGCCUCAUUCUCGGGGCCCGUCAUGCGCGCGAACUCUGUUCGUGACAGGAUGCGCAAGUUCACCGAACCUGUUACGAACGCACCUAAAAUCAGCCGCAGUUCGUCUCAUUCCACAAACACAGUGUCUGCAGAGAGGUCCUCGUCCUGUUCUUACUCCAUCCCAAAGAAAGAGAGGAAUGUCACUGAGAACAUGUUGGCCCAGCCCAGGCUUUUCUCCAGCCAAUCACACGCCGCAGUGGGCGGCUCACACGGCUGCACUGAAAAUGUCAGGCGUGCAUGUAGCAGUUCAGAAGAAGUGCAGACUCCUGAGGGAGAAGCAUCUUCAGGGACCCACGACACCCGAGGUGAACCCGAGUCCAACAUGAAGACCUUCCUGAGCAUUGAGAUCAAAGACGGACGAAACCCAUCUUCACUGUCAUCGCCCUCUGCAGCCAUAAACAUGAGCCCUCGAAUCACCACAUCUGCUGCUCCACAGAGAACAGAGCUGACGCUUGGUUUAAGAGCGACACCGUUCAAAGUGACCAGCUCAAGUCUCUCGUCUGGAUCCUCAGUUAAGAUGGAGACGGAGCCCAUUUCUCUUCUGGGUGAAUCUGUGUGCGAGGCAUCCCGGGACGUCCCUGUGCUUCCUAACGGAUCAUCCAUGACCUCCAUCAAAAGUGAGGUGCAAAGUGAGAAGCUGACCUCAGAGAAGCUGCAGGAGAUUGAGGACGAGGAGAUCCUGGACAAAAUGCUUGAUGAUUGCAAAGACUUUGAAGAAAGGAAAAUGAUCAGGACUGCAAUGAGAGAACUGCGAAAGAAAAAGCGAGAGGCUAGGCUGGGAUGCACACAAGAGGAAAUGGAUCAGAGAGAGAAGGAGCGAGAUCAGCGUCUGCUGGAGCUCAGGCAGCAGCGGGAGGAGAGAUCUCAGAAAGCCCGUGUGGGUGCAGACACCAGUGAGGUCGUGGUGAAGAAGAUCGAGCGCUCCACUGACGGCUCCGCUAUCAGUCACAUCACCAAUCGCGUUUCCCAUUCAGAUGAUGCUGGCAGGACGUCCCGCAGCACUAUCAUAAAAUCUCUUACCGCUAACCGUUGCUCUCUGUCUCCAUAUUGCUUCUGCCUCCUCCAUGUCAUGAAGAAUGUGAACAUCCAGAACUUCUCCUCCAGCUGGAGUGACGGGAUGGCGUUCUGCGCUCUGGUGCAUAACUUCUUUCCAGAGGCCUUCGAUUACUCCAGCCUCAGUCCCGCAAACCGCAAGCAGAACUUUGAGGUGGCCUUCAGCACAGCAGAGGCCCAUGCUAACUGCAUGCCCCUGCUGGAGGUGGAGGACAUGAUGAUCAUGGGUAAGAAACCAGAUCCCAAGUGUGUGUUCACAUACGUGCAGUCACUGGUGAACCAUCUGCGCAAGCAUGAGAUGAUGAUGGCACGUGCGCAGCGGACCUCUGACUUCUGAUGCUCGCUUUACCUGCGGUUUUCAUUCUGAUCCUGUUACAUUUCCACAGUUAAGAUUGUGUUUACUGUCCAGACAGAUCCAAACAGCUCCUUCUGUAACAGCUGUAAAAACUCAAUAAGGAUUUUUUUUUUAACAGUAGUUUGUUCCAAAAAAAAAAAAUUACAGAAAUGGUUUGUUGAUGGUAAAAUAAUGAAAAUUCCAAGUUAUAACUUCCAAGAUGCCUAUCACUUGAUUCCAUGUGCUAAAAACGAAGCAUUAUUUGAUGUUGAUUGCCCAUAUCUAUAUGGUUUUUAAAAGCUUUUAAACCUGUUUCACGGUACUGUUGCUGUUAAUAGAGCUCAGACCCGCAUGCUUUCACAAGUCUACUUGAAGUUUUACUUCUGUUUCAAAAACAAAUGAAGGUUAUAUUUUCGUCUGUAUGCGAUAUUGUGUUUAUUUAAAAACAUUGCAAGGAAUAUUAAUCUCACUGCUUGUUUAGUGCAAGAUGCAGCUCGUGAACUGUUUUGAAAUGUUUUUCUAAUUGAAAGUUUGGUUUUACACUGAACACAGAGCAUUCAGGCGUCUUUGAAGUGAUAUAAAAUACACAAACAUGCAUGAAUAGAUGCACUUAUGAUCUGUCCUUAUUUAUGGAUGAGCUUAUUUUGGAUUUGUUGAUAUUCCUGAACUUCAUUUGGAAGCAAUGGAAGUUUGUCCCAAAACAUUAGCCUAAAGGAUCUGUUUUUGUACAUCUUUACAGCAGUAAUUGAAACCGUGUAUAUAUGAGUAACCCUAGUCGAGUCCAUUUGAGAAGAGUAAUAAUAAUGUUUUAGCAGUAAAUUAAUCUGAGAAGGUCAAUGAUGUUUAUAUAUUUGGUUCUAAAGAUUAAGGUUGUAGUUUUAAUUGUUUUAAUGACUGCACAUCAUUUUAUUUUGAAGACGAAACACAGCUACUGCCGCAGCCACGCCAGGGCCUUUGUUUGGUACUUGAAAGUUGCAUGAGUAGAGCUAAUUAGCAUUCAUUCACACUGAAAGGUGAACAUUGACAUUGUUUGUACACACUCGUUCAAAAACUAUUGUUCACUCAGUAUUGCCCUACACCAUGGUUUUGUGUAGUAAUCAUUAAAACCAUACGC